AGGUCACUGCACAGUUCUCGAGGCCAGAUAGCGUCAGCAACGGCGCACGCAUAGCGGAGCGUCUGUGCUCAGAGUUGCGCAAAUUUCCGUUGCAAAAACGCUUCGGACCAAAAAGCGAACAGAUGUUGUGGUCCGUGAUGACCGUCUUCAGUUUGGGACAUGUCUUUAUAUGCAAAUGUGGCCGGCCGGGGAGGAGUGGCGUGGAAUCGAUAAUAGCCAGUGGCCGAUGUUGCCUCGUCCAUGGACCAUGCCUCCCUACACAGUAAGAUCCGUGAGUUUGAAAACCGGAUUCGGAAAUGGAGACAGCUCAGAUUUGGCUUCGUUGAUUCGGCUCAUUUGAUACCUCCUCGAAGGUCCGCAUCGUCCGAUCCAAAACGCUUUACUGCAACAGCACCAUCAACGAGUGCUACACCAACUCAUCGCUCUUCAAACGUGCUUCCAGUUGGUUGUAGAUCGAGUCCAAUGGCUCGGAAGGCUUUCACACUCAACUUGAAUCCUGGCCAAGACAGACGAGAAAUUGAGGAAAUCGAACGGCGGUAUGAAGCAGUCAAGAGAAAUUCUGGGAUUCUCCGGCUGAAUGGCGAAAUAGUCAAAGCCGACUUCCGUGAUCUAGAACUUAUCUCUGAAAUAGGCAGCGGCAGUUGUGGACGUGUAUCCAAAAUGAGUUAUAAAGGCCACGUCAUGGCUGUCAAGGAAAUGGCUCGAACUUCGGAUAGAGAAGAUAAUAAGCGAAUAAUUAUGGAUUUGGAUGUGAUAUCUCGAGCAGAUGCGUCGCAUCAUAUAGUCCUAUGCUAUGGUUACUUUAUUUCGGAGACAAGUGUUAAAGUAUGCAUGGAAGUGAUGGCAUCGUCGCUUCAUACUCUCCUGCGUAGUGCGAAUAGUUUGGGGAUUCGAAUUGCCGAGGGAUAUAUAGGGAAGAUGUCUGUCAGCAUUAUACAGGCUCUGGAUUACCUGAAGGACCACCUAAGUGUGAUCCAUCGUGAUGUCAAGCCAUCGAAUAUUCUUUUGGACUGGAAUGGUGUUGUAAAAUUGUGCGAUUUUGGAAUCAGCGGACAGCUAAUCGAAUCCCGCGCCCACACAAUUCAAGCUGGAUGUCCACCUUACAUGGCUCCGGAGAGGUUUGACCCUCGGUACAAUGCGGAUUACGAUAUACGAAGUGAUGUAUGGUCGGUAGGAAUCUCUUUAGUGGAGUUGGCUACAGGAAAAUAUCCAUACUCUCAUGUUGGAUGUGAAUUUGCAAUACUUGCUGCCAUUGUGCGAGAUCCUCCGCCUACACUUCCACAGAACAUGAACUUCACUCCUGAGUUCCAUGAUUUCAUAUCACAAUGUCUACAGAAAGAUUUUCAACAACGCCCAAAAUACAAAGCGCUGUUGAACCACCCAUUUAUCCGAAGGGCUGAACUAGACGAAGACCACGACCUCAGCAUUCUUGUGCAGGAUGUGCUGGGCGAGUAAUCUCUUUACUGAACAUAAUUCUGUGCCCUUACUGUGCCCUCCUUCUAAUUCAUCAUUUUCGCCAAGAGCACAGAUUACUAAUAGUCAAGGCAAUUUGUUCCCUUUCACCACACGACUCUUCGCGCUGUGUUUCAUAAUUUUUGUUUUUGCUCCAACCAAUUCACACGACGGGAUGUAUUGUGAUCUUUUCUCAGUGUUGUUCCUCAUUUGUUUUUCAAUUAUCGUCUUCACCUUGCAAAUUUUCUCCAAAAGUGCAUUUUCUGAAGUAACUAACAAACUCGGAACAUAUGCGAUUCGUCCUUCUAGUUAUACUUUGUCAUAAGCAGCAUAUUGUCUGAUUUCCGAGUGUUGCCUCUAAUUUUGAUACAUCAGCGAUGUUUGAGCCGACUGUUGCAUGUUUAUUUACUAUUCUUUAUAUUUAAAAGUAUGAUUCGAUGAUGUUGUCAUGUUAUACCCAAAGAAACAGUUGAGAUGCUUUCAAUGAGCAUGAGAUAAAAUGAUUACUACUU